GCGGGCGGGGGGCGCGGGCGCGGGGAGCGACGGCCAGGCCGCCGGGGAGGCCGGCGACCGACUUCCGCUUCCGGCCCCGGGGCCGGCGGAUCCGGCGCUGCGACCCGGCGGCAACAUGCGGCCUCUGACUGAAGAGGAGACCCGCGUGAUGUUUGAGAAGAUGGCGAAAUACAUCGGCGAGAAUCUCCAGCUGCUGGUGGACAGGCCGGACGGCACCUACUGUUUCAGGCUGCACAACGACCGCGUGUACUACGUGAGUGAGAAGAUCCUGAAGUUGGCCGCCAACAUCUCUGGGGACAAGCUGGUGUCGCUGGGGACCUGCUUCGGGAAAUUCACCAAGAGUCACAGAUUCCGGUUACACAUCACAGCUCUGGAUUACCUCGCACCCUAUGCCAAGUAUAAAGUGUGGAUAAAGCCUGGAGCAGAGCAGUCUUUCCUGUAUGGGAACCAUGUGUUGAAAUCGGGACUGGGUCGAAUCACUGAAAAUACUUGCCAGUACCAGGGAGUGGUGGUGUACUCCAUGGCAGACGUCCCUUUGGGUUUUGGGGUGGCAGCAAAGUCUACACAAGACUGCAGGAAAGUAGACCCCAUGGCGAUUGUGGUAUUUCAUCAAGCAGACAUUGGGGAAUAUGUGCGGCAUGAAGAGACAUUGACUUAAAACGAAAUCAUCGCAAGGACUUAUGGCUGUGUGGAACGGCCUAGCUUUGUUUCCUGUGUCUGUGUAGGCUCCAUCAUCAUGUUGAAUUUUGUCAACACUGUGACUUCUUCAGGGACUUCUUAGUUUAAUAUUCUCACUAUUACGGACGAUGCAGGUUGGAUUCUUACGCGGAAAUGGCUCAAAAAUGGUGUUUCAGAUCUUUGUGACUAAAAAGAAUGCUGUGUUUUAUAUUUGAA